CAAGGGUAACGCACGCAAAACGCAAAAAACGCCAGAGCACAGUCACACAGCUACACAGACGCAGACGCACCCUCACACUCACGCGCUCAAACUGGCACUCACUCACACUCACACACACACACACCCCGUUGCCGCCGCCACUGCCAACCCCCGCCGCCGCUAGUAAAUGGCUGCUGGCUUUGACUUGUUGGCGGCCAACGACGACGCGGGCCCCAUACGACUAUAUGACGAUGUCGCAGCCGCCGCCUCGCCCGUCGUCGACCUGACUGCCGAGGUCGCCACUGCAACGGCCACUGCUGGUGCUGGUGCUGCUGCUUCUACUGUCACUGCCCCCGCCGCCACGCGAGACCCCCGACGAGGUCGACGGACGGCAGGUACAGAUCCAGGUCCGGGUCCAGGCCCAGGUCCCGCCUCAGGCUCAGCAAGCAAAAGGCCAAGAGAAGCAGGCGCCGCCAGUUUCCUUCAGCCGACGACGGCGAGCGGCGGGACGACCAUCGACGACGACCACGACGACGACAACCACCACUACUACCACCAACAACCCCACGACGACGCCCUGCCUGCCUCUGCUGGGAGUACUCGCAUGCCUCACGCGGCAGCUCCCCUCGUCGACGACACACCGGCUGGCCCCGCCGGCGACAUCGUGCACCAAGGCAGCGAUAGGCCGCCGACGGGACACGUCCCGCCCGGUGCGGCUCAGAGCCACGACGCCGUCCAGGACAUAGAGCCCGCUCCCGGGCAGCCUCAGCGAAUCGCGGCUCGGGACGGACCAGCAACAGUCCACGCGCAUCAUCCCUCGCAUCACCGGCACGCCAUCUCGCCAGCCAUGAUAUUCUCCGACUUCUACAAGGGCCCUCGCUCCCCUUUGGCAAAGCUGCGCCAUCACCACCCUCAGCUUCCGACGCCUCCACCUACAGCGACCCCAGACUGGGGAGCCCCUGAGUACGCCGAUCUCUUGAGCAAGGAUAAGUCCAAGCAGAAAGAGGCGGUUAAACGCUACCUGGCAGACAAGGUCAAGACAGACUGGCAGUUCACGUGGCCGCCGCAUCCCCACGCGUCCAGUGCAGUUCCUUCUGGCAGCGGCCUCGACGAAGGCGGUGAUGGCCAGACAGCCACGCAAACAGACGGCGCCGGCAGUGGGGCUCAUGUUCCGGUUCAGGACGAGACCCGUGAUGAUGACGGUUAUCAGGUGGACCAAGGCUCGGACCUUGAGCAGCCACCUUCAGACGAUGGCCAGGUAGACGAGGACGAAGACGAAGACGCCAAGUCGAUGUACAGCGUGGUAUCGGAGGACGCAGUUCACUAUCGCCCUCGCAUGGAGUGGACAUCUGACCUCUCAGACGACGAAGCCCCCGCGUCGUCGGCCCACCUUCGUUUUGACGGCACCGACUCCGUUCAAUCGACCACAUCCCCCGCUGCACUCGAGAAGCGCGCCCGUAGGCGGAGGGCGCUGCGCGAGGAGAUGCAGUGGAAUGAAGGCCUGGCUUGCUUUGAGGCCCGGCGCAAUGCCUGGACCAGCGCGAGGAUCGUCAGAGUCCGAAGCAAACCUGCAAGCCCGCCGGCCACGUCUCCGCGCUCACCUCGACGAUUCUUCUUCCGCCACUCCAUGUCUGGAUCCCCGCCCAGCUCUGUCCCUAGUGCGGCUGCGACGAGCGUCGAAGGGUCUGGCACCGUGUCUGAUACCUCGUCGGUGGCCAAGGAUGCCAGCGACAAGGAAUUGAAGAGGCACCGAACACAGGGCUCGUCUGUCUCAGACAUGGCGGCCGCCAAGCUGUACCCCGUGGAGACACUGCUGCCGAUCGGCCAGCCACUGCUGCCCCCGAACAACCCGCUACGGGCCUCCAUCUCUCCAAACGUCUACAUGAGCCUCUAUGAUAAGGUCAUUCUUAACAACCUCCAGCCCGCAUGCCCCGUCAAUUUGUCUGACAUGCUGCGUUCCUGCGUGGUGGGGUGGAAGCGUGACGGAGAAUGGCCACCCAAGCCGUCCGCUCCCGACCCCAUCGCCGGUACACGUAAGAAGAAGAGGGCCCCGACGGCCGGCACCGACAGCGGCAUCAAAGGCGCCAGGCGAAUGAGCUUCGGCAUCCUGGGCCGCGAGAAGGACAGCAAGGAGGAAGACUCGCGGACUGGUAAGGGAAUCCGUCGAAGUCUUCAGAGGGCCUUGGGAUUCAACGUCGGCUCCGGCACCCACGAUAAUGCGGAGAAGGAGAAGGCCACCAGGCUGUGAUGGGAAAGCACUGCAGAAGUCGAAACAAG